AUGGGCGAUCUGUUUCCAAGUAUCCAGAGGAGUACGCAGGCCAGCGAGGUAGACGGGCACAAUUGGAGCGUCAUCGGCUUGGACGAGUACAGCACGGACGAGGAACUUGCUUCUGUUGAAUUGUUUAAGGACUAUCCGGAGGGGCUGUUGCGUUUCGCAUCAGUAUGCUGCAUAUUGUUCAUGCUCGUGGGAAUCCCCGGGAAUUUUAUCACGAUCAUCGCUUUGGCGCGUUGUAAGAAGGUGCGCAACGCGACAGCUGUGUUUAUAAUGAACCUAUCCUGCUCUGACCUUCUGUUUUGCUGCUUCAACCUGCCUCUAGCAGCGUCGACGUUCUGGCAACGUUCAUGGGCGCACGGUCGGAUCUUGUGCCGUAUGUUUCCAUUGGCCAGAUACGCGCUGGUGGCUGUGUCUCUCUUCACUGUACUCGCCAUCACAAUCAAUAGAUAUGUGAUGAUCUCGCAUCCUAGACUUUAUCCCAAAUUAUAUAAACGACAUUAUUUGGCCGUGAUGGUGGCUGGCACGUGGGUGUUUUCAUUCGGAGCACUGAUAGCGACGUGGCUUGAAAAAUGGGGUCGAUUCGGCCUAGAUCCAACUAUUGGAUCUUGUUCAAUUCUACCAGAUCGGAACAAUCGCUCACCGAAAGAAUUUCUUUUCGUCGGUGCCUUCAUGUUGCCGUGUUUGGCUAUUGUUAUCUGCUACGCGAGAAUAUUUUGCAUCGUAAGGGAGGCUGCGAGACGUUCGAGAGCUCCUUUUAAAGGAAGACCACGGCCGGGCUUAGAAGACUCGGCUGUCGGUUCCGCAUCAACGGCCUUGGAACGCUCGCCCGGGCCCGAGAACGGAGUUAAUCACAGCAGUAUUCCUAGAAAGGCCCUGCUAGCUCCACCUGUCCUUCAUUGUCCACCAACACCUGGCCCAGAACGGUCUUCUUCAUCAGGAGUAGAUACUUUAGAUGGUCAUGACGAUGAAAGCGCAUUAGACACCAAACCUCGAACUCCGAGCGGUGGAGAAACAGCUAGACGUCUCCGUCAAGCAGCCGUCGUUCUCAAACGAUCUCCUGCACCUCUAAGACCCCCUCGGCUGACCCCAAAAGAUAGAAAACUGCUCAAAAUGAUAAUGGCGAUUAUGCUAUCCUUCUGGGUCUGUUACCUCCCGAUAACCUUGACGAAGAUAUUCAGAGAGUUUACGUCACACCCCGCCGCGAACAUAGCGGGCUACAUACUCAUAUAUCUGACGACGUGUAUCAACCCUAUAAUAUACGUGGUGAUGUCAAGUGAAUACCGGCAAGCUUAUAAGAACCUGUUAAUGUGCAGACGAAGGGCGUGA